CUCGGCGAGGGCUGCUGCGCGUCUCCGAGCUGCUCGGGAGCGCGCCCCGGGGCUCCGCCCUGACUCCCGUAGCGGCCUGGGUCUGCAUCCUGAGGCUGGAGCUGGCGGGUCCCGGACAGGAAAGGAAGACCUAGAGCCCUUGAUUGUGAUUCAGGGAGUGGCCCCCAUCUGAAAGGAAAUUACUAGUCCCAGGAAUCCCGGCAGUCGCCAUCCUUUGAACAACAGCGAAACAGGACUGUCGCCACUUAGAUGGGACAACAUAAAGAAGUUCAUCUUAUUACCAAUGACUCUUUAAUGUGAAAAAUAAUUUAACAGCAUUUCUGAUUCAUGGAUCUUCAAAGAAAGCAGAGAAGAUGGAUUUCAAUAUUUGCGAAAGAAACAAGCUUGUGCCAUUCUGAAGACAGAAAAUUUGGGAACUCAUAAAAUAGGCAGUAUUAAGUGAUGAUGGAUGAUCCCUGUUCUUGCAAUUGGUGAAGUGAAUCGCUCAUUCACUUCAGGCAGAGGAAUAAAGAUACCAUCUGAGAAGUGGAAACUGUGUGACGCCUACCAUCAUUCAUUCCAGGUUCCAGCCCACAGUCUACAUGGUCUGAAAAACUAGAAGCCAAGGCAUUAACUCAAAUUUGGCCCAGACAACCUCUUUGAAAUGUGGUGGUUUCAGCAAGGCCUCAGUUUCCUGCCGUCAGCACUUGUAAUUUGGACAUUUGCUACCUUUAUCUUCUCAUACAUCACUGCGAUAACACUCCACCAUGUUGAUCCUGCAUUGCCUUACAUCAGUGAUACUGGUACAGUACCUCCAGAAAGAUGCCUCUUUGGAGUAAUGCUAAAUAUUGCUGCCGUUUUAGGUCUUGCUACCAUGUAUGUUCGUUACAAACAAGUUUAUGCACUUAAUCCUGAAGAGAACCUUAUCAUCAAAUUCAACAAAGUUGGCCUUGUACUUGGGAUACUGAGUUGUUUAGGACUCUGUCUUGUGGCAAAUUUCCAGAAAUCAACACUAUUUGUUGUACAUGUAUGUGGAGCUGUGCUUGCCUUUAGUAUGGGUUCAUUGUACAUGUUUGUUCAAACCAUCCUUUCCUACCAAAUGCAACCUAAAAUCCACAGCAAACAAGUCUUCUGGAUCAGACUCCUGUUGGUUAUCUGGUGUGGAGUAAGUGCACUAAGCAUGCUGACUUGCUCAUCAAUUUUGUACAGUAGUGAUUUUGGUGCUGAUAUAGUACAGAAACUACACUGGAACCCUGAGGACAAAGGUUAUGUGCUUCACAUGGUCACCACUGCAGCAGAAUGGUCUAUGUCAUUUUCCUUCUUUGGAUUUUUCCUGACUUACAUUCGUGAUUUCCAGAAAAUUACUUUACGGGUGGAAGCCAAUUUACAUGGAUUAACCCUCUAUGACACUGCUCCUUGUCCUGUUACCAAUGAAAGAACACCACUGCUUUCCAGAGACUUUUAAUGAAGGGGUAAAAUACUUCUGUGAUAAUUAUGAUUCUCAGGGAUUUGAGAAAGACGCAGAAAAGUUGCUUAUUAUACUCUGAAAAUUUGAAUCAGUUAAUCAAGGCUGACAGUGACAUUAAUGAACGAUAAUAAUCAAGAGAUGUGUAAUGAGCCAACUGAUCAGUUUUCUUAAAGGAUGUCAUUUAGAUUAUCUAAAAAUAUUUAUGCCUAGACUUUUUAAUCUCAGAAAAUAAAACCAAAGGAUAAUACCAUAGUAGUGUUUGCUACUUUAUUGAAGAAAAACAGAUUGAAAUACACCAACUUGUUUGUAUCACUGGCCUUAAAUAUUUUGUAAGUCAUUUUAAAACCAUCUUUUGUUAGGAGCACUUUUAUGAGAGACAUUUUCUAUGACCCAUAAUAAUCAGCAUUGAUUAGCAGACAUUUAGAAUCAGGGUUUGAAACUGAUUGUAUUUAAUUUAUUAACACAUUUCUUAGAGUGCUUAAAAAUGUGUUAUCAUUGUUGUGGAAUCCCCGCCUGGGAAUAGGAGAUGGCCUGAGUUCUUCUGAGUUCUAAGAUGGCUUAAAUUUUGCACAAAAAAAAAAAAAAUCAGUGGAUAUUUAUUUGAUUCUGGAUACAUGAGUACUAACAGAUCUAUCAUACAUGCUUGCAAUAAUUUCAUAGAUCUGGUCUCUGAGAUUAUACUUUUAAUAGUGAAAGAGAUAUUUGUUACAAGUAUGCUACCAUCUUGUUCUUUAUAAAAGUAAAGGUUAACAACUGAUGACAACCUGAAUUUUAUAUGUGGGACCCACAUAAUGGAAAGAAAAGACUCCUACCAAUUAUUCUCUGACCUCCAUAUGUGUAUGCACAUGCACAAUACAUAAAUGUGAAAAUAGAUAACAAAUUAUUGAUGUUCCUAAAUAAGAUUGUAAUGUCUGUAGACAAAAGUAGAUAGGAUUAAUAACAAAUAAAAGUUACUCUACACUACAGUUAGGAGCUUCUUUGCUUUUUAUUUAUAGAAAAUUUCAUUACUUGUAAAAGUAGUUUUGAGUAGAUAAUUAACCUUUUUACUGGAAUUUGAUCUUUUUAGAAUAUAGAUCUGAAGAAGAGACCAAACUCCAAAAUUAAAACCUAACUAUAAAAUAAUAGUAAUAUUCGAACUUUUUUUCUCCUGUCAUGCAAAUGAUUGUAAAGUUUUUACUUAGAUUUCUCUAUAGGUAAAGGACAGUUUCUAGAUCCCCAUUAAGAUUAAAAGGGAGAAAAUAGUUGACCUAGAAAAUGCUUGUAGUCUAUCUGGUUUGUAAAAAAAUCACAUGGUUUAUAUUUUUAGAAGAGAUGGUACUGAGACCAGAAGAAAAGAUGGUGAGGAAAAGUUUUUUUUUUUUUUUUUUUUUUUUGAUUUUUCGAGACAGGGUUUCUCCGUAGCUUUUGGUUCCUGUCCUGGAACUAGCUCUUGUAGGAAAAGUUUUAAAUGUAUCAAGGAAACUGUUUAUGUGGUGGAACUGUAGACUUCAAUUAUAAGUUGUUAAGUACAAAAAUGAGUAACUAUUUUUGAAGAAAUUUCUUAGACUAAUGGAGAAAUGGAGUAUUUGCCUGUGCCAUGCAACAGUGAACAAGGGAGACAUUUCAGUAAACAUUGAUUGAUUGACCGUUGCUACUACUAGAACAAAUUGCACACAAAUCAUGAAAAGCUAUUAAUAAAAAACCAUACUGUAACCACACA